GCGGGCCCGGGGGCAGGAUGGUCGGGGACGGCGGCGGGGCAGGCGGGCGCGAUGGAGCCGCCUGAGGGCUGGGACCCGUACGGGCGGCCGGCCCGGCGGACGCAGUGGCUGGUGAGCGCCCUGGCCUACCACUACGGGCUGGACCGCGGCGUGGAGAACGAGAUCGUGGUGCUGGCCACCGGGCUGGACCAGUACCUGCAGGAGAUCUUCCACCACCUGGACUGCGCCGGGGCGGGCAGGAUCCCCGGCGAGGACUUCCGGACGCUGUGCCAGGUGCUGGGGCUGGAGGAGGCGGCGGCGGCCGAGCCCGAGGAGUGCGCGGGGCUGUGGGAGGGCCUCUCGGCCGAGCUCACCUUCCGCCAGUUCCACGCCCGCCUCUGCGGCUACUUCAGCACCAAGGCGGGCAGCGCCCCGCCGCGCCUGCCGCUGGCCCGGGACAGCGAGCACAUCGAGACCCAGAUCCGCCUGCGCAGCCCCCGCCGCCGCCGCAGGGAGACCGCCGGGGCCGGGCCGGCGGGGCGGGCCGGCGGCGGGGGGGGCGCGGCGGCGGAGCGGCGGGCGGCGGGGCCCUGCUCGGCUGAGUGCUACGAGGAGAUCGUGGCGCUGGAGCAGGCGGAGGACCGCAUCGCCAAGCUGGAGGAGGAGAACGGCAGCCUGCGGGAGCUGGUGGAGGACAUGCGGGCCGCCCUGCAGAGCAGCGACGCCCGCUGCCUGGCCCUGCAGGUAGGACUGCGGAAAAGCCACGCUAACCAUAAGGAAGAGGGGACCUGUUUUAUAGGGACUAACAGACAAUUGACACAGAACCACUCCCAGACCAAGUGCCUUCAAAGCAUUCUGAAGGAAGUGGAACUCAUCCGGAGCUCCAGGGAUGGGCAAAUUGAAGAAGCAAUUAGGUUCAAUCAGGAGUUGGAAAGAGAGCUGAAGAGCUCUCAGGAGGCUCUGGUCAAUCUGGAAGACUGCAACCGUAACCUGAAGAGGGAACAAGCAGAAAUGAGGAAGAAGGUUGAAGAGGCAAGACACGCCGUCCUUAACAGUCUCGGCAAGGUGAAGGAGCUAGAGGUGAAAGCUAAUGAAGUGCCACAUCUGCAAGUUUACAUUCAGCAGCUAGAAUCGGAACUGCAGCACUACAGGUCAGAAAUUGUGAGAUUUCAGCUCCCCUCAAGAAGCAGCCCCGAGCAGAAAGCGGGAGCCGCUGGAGCAGAUGGAAGAUACGGCCUGUCUGUUGUGCAGCAAGAUCGACGAUCUCCCACUGGUGGAGCUGGGAUUUCUGAGAACGAGGAUCAGCUGUUCCGCUCUGUGGAGGGCCAGGCUGCCUCUGAUGAAGAGGAGGAGAAGUGGGCAGGAGACCAGCGAGCCCAGGUGGACCAAAUGAAGAAAAUAAUGGCCAAGCUCCCUUGCUGUGGCAGCGGAUGUGAUGAAAAAAUGUGGAAAAAGUUAAUGCCUCACUCGGAGGGCACCAACGCGGAUGGGUAUGACACAGCCCCUGCGGAGCUCGCAGAGAGAGUCACGCAGCUAACUCAGCAGCUUGAGCUUAAAGGGCACGAAGUGAAGAAACUGGAAACAAAUAUGGAAGAGAUGAAAGGCCCAUUGCUAGGGGAACUGCAGCAAAAGGUGGAGGAGACGGAAUUGUUGAAGAUGGAGCUACAGAUGUUGGAGACUGAGAGAGUUAGGCUGUCCCUCGUGGAAGAAAAGCUCAUGGAUGUUUUACAGCUGCUUCAACAACUUCGAGACUUGAACAUAUCUAAGCGAGCCUUGGGGAAAAUCUUGCUGAGCACUUUGGAAUCCUGCCGUGACCCCCAACCUGGAAAAGCCCACCUAUUUGAAGUCCUAGAUACGCUUUACCAUGAGCUGACAGCCUGUGAACUCUUACAAAGCCAGCCUCUGGAGAAGGCGCAGAGUCGCCAGUCCUUGUCUAACGCACUGGUCAUCUCGUGCUGAGCAGCGGUGCCAACCUGCACGACCAGCCAGACAAUAGCCCUUGUUCCUUCAAACACAAUGAAUGGAUAAGACUUGUCCAGUUCAACGGAGCUCAGUAACAGAGAAGAGUAAUAGAAGAAUUCAGCCAUGACAUCAAAGGUAUGCUGCUUCUGGGAAGAGCACCAGGCCCUUAGCUACCAUCAAAGCCCUCCCUCGCCUGAAUGAGCGUUCACAGGACGUAAGGACAACGUAGCAGUGUCUGUCUCUGAUGGAAGCCAAACCAUCCUUGUAUGAUGGCCCCGUAACUGUACCCAUUAACCAAAUAAAAACUGUUCCAAACACACUGACCUGACCUAUUUAGAUUUACAGCCUUGGUUACGUACUGGCUGGGCACAGUUUCUAGCUUUUGUGGUAGCUCAGUUCAAAAGCAAAAGGCAGCCUGUGUUAUCACUGGCAAGUAAAACGCUUCCCUAACCUACAAGUGUCAAAACAGCUGUAUCAUAACCAUACACACGAGUGUAUGCCUGUAGUGCAAGUUUUAAGGCCUCAUGUAUAAAAUGUGUUUGUGUGUGUCUGUGAUUCAAUUAUUCACCUUAUUUAACUCUGAAGUUAGAUUUGUUAUUGCUCUGCUGAAUUUUAUAUUUGCAAUUAUAGAGAUGUCUUAGAAAUCUGCAACAGUCUUUCCCGACAAUAGACUUAGAUUUUACUUUAAAAGUUACAUUUAACUGCUUGCAGAAGGUACAAAGCAAUCUGGUUCCCAGGCUCUCAGGGAAAGGAAGGGCUGAAAAAUUCAGUUUGCAACAGCUGCCGUUGUCGCAUUAGCAAACAACACGUGCAGUACACAACUUUCUUCUCUCAUUUAAUUUCCCUCAAUGCAACUAUAGAGAUACAAAACUGGGCCCCACUUGCAGACAAAUUAAUGUAAGAAGCUGGGCCUAAUCAUGGUGCCAUGUAACAUUUUAAUCAGCAAUAAAAUAAUUCCUGGGGGCAAAAGUAAAAAAAUAGGUUGCUUCCAAGACGCUUUUGCUGUUUAAUUCAACUAUCAAACGCAGAAACUGAAGAAGUGGAGUUCUUCAAUGAUUGAACUGAAUUUACGUUAUUAAAAAAUGCACUGUAGAUCUUUUAAGAAUGUGAAAUUAUUUUCCUGAGAUAAUGCCAACAAUGAAAUAAGACCACUGAAUUCAGAACUGUGCAUAUAUGCAUUUUUCCUAUGAAAAUGGUUUUCAUACAGGAAUAAGGUCCGUAACACAAUGCAAUCUGGGCAAUAAGAAGAUUUCUAUUCCUUUCUAUUCAAAUUACACUAUAUUGCUUCCACAAACCUCCAUCCAAAAUUGUGAUACGUUACUUAGCAGUUAGAGCCAUGUCAGUAACAAAAAUUUACAAUAGGUAUUUUCAUUUCCUUUUAAAGGAAGAAAAAAAAGGUGUUUUGAAAACAAUGGAACAAACUCUGUUCAAUGGUGUUUUACCUAUUGGGUUUUUUUCUGGUUUAACAGAGGGAGAUUUUAAGAAUAGAUAUAGAUUUUUAAUGUAGAUUUUUCAUAAAGAUAAAUUAGACAUACAUAAUGCAAUAUUCACCCUGUAAGAAUGAAAACUAUAUACUAAUACUAAAUGGAACACUAUCGUAAUACUUAGCAUAAUAUACUAUUAUUUAGUAUAUACUAAACUAUAUGCUAAUACUAUAUACUACAAAAACUAUAUAUUAAAUAUGCACAGAUAAAAAUCAAGAUGAGCAGAGGUUUGUUCCCUGCUCAGGAUCAUUUUCUAAAAAAACAAGAACAAGUAUCAGCUUAUGUUUCGUGCAGCUCUCUUAGACUUAACCCUGGAAUACUGUAGAUGUCUACAGAGAGAAAAUGCCAGCAAAUCAAUAAAUAAGCGCGAUCUGUGUGCACAGUUAGCAGAAGAGACACUUCAGGAAUAGGAUUAUAAUGCGAGUACAUACCUGAUUAUGGAUGCCCUCAUGCACUCCAGGAUUCUUUUGUCAUUUGAAUUAAUAUUAUUUACUGUAUCCACUCUGUCUAUAUACACAUAUAUAUGUGUAUUUGUAUUAUACAUACUUCUGUAUAUCUUAAGAUUAUUAUGCUAAUUGUAUACUUUUAGUAUCUUUUUCACCACUAAGUUUCUACUUCACUUUCUAAUACAAUUCUAGAAACCUACACUAUUAAGUAAACUGAUGUCCUAAUGCCAAAAUGGGGGGGGGAGCACUGUGAGUACUGCACAGCUUAUCCAAACAACAGUUGAACUGUAAUUAGAAACUAGAAAAUGUCACUGGAAACCUAAACUGGUGUUGAGGAAGACGCAAACAGUUGAGAUAAAAGGAAGCCUUUGUGAAUAAAUAAACAGCAUUUAACUGAUAUAAGAAGCAGCAAAAUCUUAUCUUGCUAAAUUAGCUUCAAAUACUGUAAAAUUUUUAUUUCUUUAAGAAAUGUCUAUAUCAGAAUAAUUUUUGAUACAUCAGCAUAUGCUGAUUAAUAAUAUAAGCUGAUUAUUUUAACUCCAGAAAGCAAUUAAUAUGGAGCAAGUCAGACUUGCAGUAUUUCCAGAAGAAGAAUCUGUUCUUCAGGACGGAUCAAGAAACAGUCCUCCGUCAAAUUCUUGAUGGAAAUCAGAGGCAAAGCAAAGCACUGUACUUUUACAGUCCUUCUUUGGUGACCUUAAAAUUGUUUUUUUUCCUUAAAUAUUUUUACCUUAACGUUUUAUACUGAGCCUGUUGGCAGCGUUGCUGAGUCUGACAAACAUUUCAUAUGCACCUGUAUAAAUAUGUAAUUUUAAAUCAAUGUAAUUGAGAAAUUUCUUGCUCUGCCUUAAAAGCAAGGAGGCUUCCACAGUUUGAUUUACUAUGUGGAACAUGUUCAAAAGAGCCUGCACAGUAAUCCUGGGGGGCAAACCCAAAUCUCUAGGGUUUUUUAAAGACCUAGCUCCUUAAGUCAAGUGAUUUCUGCAGAUUUCAGCUACCUUUUUUCUACAGGGAACACAUACCAAGUUUAAACUGUCUUUGUAAAAAAAAAAUCCCUAUGUGACAAAACCCGAGAAGAUAAGACAGCACACUCAAAAGCCUUCCAUUUAAAAUGUACAACCCCAAAUCCAGGGUCUCAAAUCUCUGCAAACACUUUAUUCCAUUGUAUGUUUACCAAAUGGUAAGAAGUGGCCAUUUGCUUGCAUGUUGACUUCUCAGUGAAGAAAAAAAUCAAGGAGAGAAUGCAUGUGCUAUAAACACAAGUGCAACUGCCCAUCUCCAAUUUUGCAGACGUAGCCAAAGGCCCACAGAGCAUGCCUUCCCAGCAUUUCUUUGUUCAGUAGGAAAACCAGUUUGGAGGAUUUCAUGUGACACGUUACCAGGUGAGACCAGAGCCCUGCUGUACAGUUUCCAACUGGUAAGGGUUACUUAGGUCUUGUCUGUAGAAGGGAUCUGGACUACUUUGAUUUUCAGUUAGAAAGCCAAUGGGCAUCUAUAAAAGGCCUAAAGCAACCUAAUUAUGCUGGCUUUGAGGCACUCUGGUUGAACUCUGGCCUUAUACCAUGCUUGCGAUUUUAUCCCCUCCCCAGCAUGCUCAUUGCUCAUUCUAGUAGAUUUUUGGUUUUUUUCUCAAGAAUAAUUCCAUUCUUACAGAAAGGGCAGUUUGUUUCCUCCCCAGCUUUGCUGGGGACCCCAGCAAAAAAGCUAUUCUUCAUCCCCUCUUCUAUAUGUCCUUCCCCCCUUCAUUGCUAAUUGCAGAGCAAUAAAUCCCUCAGGCUCCCAGAUUUUGUACUUUAAGGCUGGGGUCCAAUCUUCCCUCAGCUGAGCUGCCUGGAGUGUUCUCAGCACUCCUAACCCUCGCCCCUACAAGCUUCCAGGAAUGUGCCCUUUCUCCUGCCCGCAUCCCCUAAACCCAACAGUGUAGCUCUCACAGACUUUGCUCGUGUAAUGUGUUUGCGUUCCCUUUGCCUUAGUGGUUCAACAUAAAAUCUCCACAAAUUGUGAUCAAGCUCGUUUUCUUAGCAGUCACCAUCUUAAUUUAUUAAUUUUCUAUUAAAGUGCACAUUGGUCCUAACAAGGAAGCUGGGACAUUUCCUCUACGGGUGUCACCGGGUUUCCACAAGACAAGCUCUCCAGUUUGACUUCAUUCUCAAACCACUUUCUCCUCCCAGUGCCCCUCUCACUUAUCGUUUGGCAUAUUUCUCGCUGAGAUAGCCUGAGGGUCCGCACGCUUCUAGCACAAGUUAUAUUUUUCAAGAAGAGUUUCCUCCUCCUAUUAUUUUUUUACUUUAUAUGAGGUAUUAACUAUUGGUAAAUUAAAGUCCACCUGAUAUAUAAAGUUAUUCAAUAAUUGCCCAAUUUAUUUCCAUGGAAGCUCUCUGAAGCAUCUGGCAGUGACCACUCGUCACAGAUGUGACAUGAUUCACAAAACUUUUGUACCAAAAGAGUGUGGCCAUCUCCAGCCAGAGCUGUUCCAAGAGGCUGAUGGCAUCUGUACACACUUUUUACAAGAAAAGAAUCCUUGGCACUGGUAUAUUUAAAUUUGCUGAAAUUUGUUGGAAUUAAAUGUCCUCCCUUUCAUAAUACUGUCCAUUCAUUUACUACAUGGUACGUUUCAAUGAUGAAGGCUGUUUAGAUUUCAUUCUUUGUUUCCAUCUUACUGAUAAGAAGGAGGGAACGCUUUCCAACAGUGCUGUGUAAAAUAGAAUUGCUUGGUGCGGAGAAUGACAAUAAACAUUCACAGCAUGUGUGUGACAUCACAUUAGCAGCCAAAGGGUUUCUUUUAGGAUUUAUAAUCUCAUGGAAGUUAAGACACUGAAUCCUUUAAUAUUUACAUUAUCUUAUUUGCUUAAAAAUUUUAUGUAUAACUCUACAUAAUACAAAAGCUAUAGAAUGUGUUUCUUGGUGUGAAAUUCAAUUGAAAAUCAUCCUUAUUUCCUGAAUGACACUUUACUUUCAAGAGGCCUUACUUGGUUUAGACUUCACUAGAAAAUGUUGUUAAUGAAAGUUUAACUGCUUCCCCACCAGCUGGUUGUGAGCUGGCAAGAGCCUGGUGCAACAGCUGGGUAGCACGUCUUCUAAGGACGUGUGUUAGCUUUUUUGUGUUAUACUUAGUGCCUUAGAUGCCAUGAAAUGGGAAUCCAUGAUGCUGCAAGUCCAUGCUUUCCAUCCACUACUUGGGAAAUUCAGCUGAAUUACAGGAUUUGUCACAAACACAAGCUCGCACCACAACGCUGUGCCUGCUGCAACAGGGAGGAGCUGAUUCUUCCGUCUGUGUCGGCUGAGGAGAGUUAUACAAGUCCUGCUCUGUGUGGAGUACAGGAACAGAGACAUUUCAGAGCAAACAGCAGAGGCUACGCAGCCCAGGGUAUGUAACUGGGCUGAAAGCGCUGCAGGGCUGGUCCCACCAAAAGAUGGUCUGUGCCAACAAAGCUGGCUACCAUAUUUUUCCAAACUCAUGCCUUACUCAGAAUAUGUCAGGCUUAUAAAAUACUUAAUUUAACACAUCACGUAGUAACACACCGUUACAUAUUAAUGAGAUGAGGCCUAGGAGCAGUGUUCCUACUGAGGACCACAGACUUAUUUCAGGUGAUGAGCAGCAUAAUCCCCGCAUGCCAGGCAGCUCCACUUAGGGGAGAGUGCGUAGGCUUCAAAACCCCACCAAGUUACUCUGUUCCCUGUGGUGUUUUGUAGGAAUAGUACUUUUCCGAGCACAACACAAAUUACAUUACAAAUGACUGUUUUAUGAUUCUGCCUCAAAGAACUAUGAGAUAACUUAUCUUUGUCAAGGAGUAAACAGGGACUGUAGGGUGACAUUGAAAAAUUAUCAGUAUUCAAGUGGUUUCACCACAUCCUCACUGCAAAGCAAAAAGGUCGUAAUACCAGAGUGUUUGUCCUAUUAUAGUUAGGGAUAAUUUCUGUACUUGAAGAAGGUUUUAUUGUUUGAUAGUUCUGGUGAUUAUUUCUCAUUGAUUUUUUCACAACUACAAGUGGAAAAAAAGUUCUCUAAUCCCUCUCUGAGGGAUUUUCCACCUCUGAAAAUUGCCAAAAAAUAGAAAACAAGAGAAAAUACAUGGAGGGUGAGAAGACUCAACCU